CGGAGUGGGGCGUGCGGCCUUUCCUCGACAUGAACAGUGUGGGCUCCGAGUGCGUGGAGCUGAAGCGCGGCUACGACCUGUGCUUCAACCGCUGGUUCGCCGAGAAAUUCCUGAAGGGCGACCGCAGCCCGGAUCCGUGCAGCGAGCUCUUCAAACAGUAUCAGCAGUGUGUGAAGAAAGCUAUCAAGGAAAAAGAAAUCCCAAUUGAAGGACUCGAAUUCAUGGGACCCAAGCGGGAAAAACCUUAUGGCAGCAGUGGCUCAUCAUGAUGUAACAAUGGCAGUGGAUCCUUCCCUCCUAGAUUUCUUUUUCUCGUCAGAUCCAUAUGACUGUAGUAAUGUCCUCCCUGCAACAAAGUGUCAGUGAUAUGUAGAUAUCAGCUGCAGAGAACAAGAUUUGAUAGAAUAAUAUUGAUUUCUAUAGUUAUUGUUGAAACAAUAUCAAAAAAUGACAGCAGCAGUCAUAAUUUACAGUAGCGAUCAUGUGCAAUACAAAGAAGUUGAAUUAAUUUUGUAUUUCCCUUUUUAAAGUUUUCUAAGGUUUGUGAAUUGCAUCUUUGACAUAAAUGUAGAGAUGCAACCCAAAUGUGAAUAUGCUGCUUUGAGUGUAAACAAAAAAUCGAUGUUUGCCUCAUGCAACUGAGUGCAUUACAUAUAUAUACUAUACAAAGUAACAUUUUAUACCAAAGUUAUACAGUCGGUUCUGUUAUAAUGCGUGUUCUAGCAAUGCGAAUUGGCUAUAAUGUGACUGAAGAAUAGGGGAGCGCUAUUCCUAAAACGCAAACUUGUGUUGGCUAUAACGCCAUUUGAUCGGGUGCGCGGAAUACGUGUCGACAUCUUCCACCACGUUGACAUCACAUGAUUGUUUUGGGAGCUUUGUCCUGAGCAUGUGCACUGUUAGUGCUGAAAAGAGUCUCCAUGCCAGCAUCACAUGAUCAUUUCGCAGAUUUUGUCACGAAGCGCAUUCUGUGAGAGGUACGGUACUCCGGGAUAUUUGUUUUAUUUUUGCAAAUUCUGCCUUGUUACCCACAAAAAUGCGAGGACAAAGUGACAAGAAUGUUAGCAGGAAGCGUCCUGGUGAUAAAAUUGCUGGUGGUGAACGUAAGAGAAAGGCUAUAACACUGGAAGAGAAGCUAGAUGUUAUAAAGCGUUUUGAGCGUAAUGAGAGAACAUGUGAUAUAGUUCGCGUAACAGGAAUAAAGGAGUCCACCUUGCGCACCAUUAGAGACAAUGCAGAAAAAAUUAAAGCAAGCUAUAUUGCUGGAACAAGUCUGAGUGCUAGCAAAUCUAUGAGGUCACGGACAAAGGAGCUUGAAGAGAUGGAGCGUCUUCUAAGUGUGUGGAUAGAAGAUCAAAUGAAAAAGCGAUCUGGGACCACCUUUCUCAGCAUAAAAGAGAAAGCCUUAUCAAUUUAUGAAGAUUUAACAAAAAAAGCUGAAAAUCCUGCAGAUGUGCCUGCCUUUAGUGCUAGCAGUGGCUGGUUUGCUGGUUUUAAGAACCGCUACGCUUUUCAUAACGUAAAGUUAUGUGGCAAAGCUGUCAAUGCAGAUGCGGAGCAUGCAAUGGCAUUUCCUGCCAUAGUAAAAUUAAUUGACGAAGAAGGCCACUGUGAAGAUCUCUCUACAGCUGAUCUACAACAACUAGUCGCUGAGCGGGAAGUGGAAGCUGGAGAUGAAGUUGUAAUAGUUCAGGAUGCAGCACCACGAGAGCUUUCCACUUCUGUUUUGUCUUCAAUCCUGAGGGAAAUUGAAAAACAGUUGCAGCUCUUAGAGGAUACCGAUUAUAAUGCAGAACGCAGCAGGGUAGCAGUUCAUGGAAUAAGAUCUUAUUUGGCACCCUAUGAAAAGCUUCUUCAUGAACGAAGAGAAAGGGCAAACCAACAAAAACUGGAUGCCUUUUUUAAGCCAACCCCCAAGAAACAGUUGGAAAGCAAUGAACCGCAGUCAUCCACUUCUGGAUUAACUAUUUUUCGCCCUAAACGUGCAACCACAACUGCAUCUGAAAGUGGUGAUGAUGAUGACCCUCAGCCCCUGCAUUAACAACAGACCAACCUCAAAACCUCCUCCCCCAUCAAGUCAACUUGACGUUUUGUCAAGGUAAUGUGUUAAAUUUACUUUAAUUUCAUUUAUUAGGUAUGAUUAAAACAUUUAUUCAAACUGUACUAUCCUUUUUGUGUUAGUCUUUUGAGUGAUUUUUGGGUUUUUUUUUGGUGGUCUGCCCCAACCCCGCUUUACCCAUAGGCCCCAUUAUUGCUAUAGCACGAUUUUCUAUAAUGCAAUGUUGCGCAGGAAUGCAGCAAUCGCGUUAUAGCAGAACCGACUGUACCUAUAAUUAGUAGAUGGUAGGAACUGCCGAUGCUGGAGAAUCUGAGAUAACAAGGUGUAGAGCUGGAUGAGCACGGCAGGCCGAGGAGCAGGAAAGCUGACGUUUCGCGUCUGGACUCUUCUUCAGAAAAAGGGUUCAGAUCUGAAACGUCAGCUUUCCUGUUCCUCUGAUGCUGCUAUGUUCAUCCAGCUCCACACUGUUAGCCCUAUUAUUAGUAGUAUUUUAUCAGCAUUUGUACAUCUUAAAAUUUCUCUAUAUACAAUAAAUGUUUUGUCAUAACUUUAAUUGGAUGUUGUAUUAAAAUUUAGCACUAUUACCAUUAGAUUUUGACAUCUGUGAAUUGUACAUUUAGAGCCUCCUAUACUGUAGUCACUUGGAAGCUUACAAGACAGACAAGUUUGUGCAGUUCCAAUACUGUAGGAAACUCAGCUGUGUGUUGGACUGCAUACUAAAUGAUCAGCCGAGUUCAAUAAAGUUCAGAAGGACUCUCUCCACCCUUGAAACAUAACCUAUUUUAAUUGAAAAAAAUUGUAUUUCUUUUUCUAGGUUCAGCUCCAAAGUUCUUUUUGUGCUGAUAUACCUGUGUACCUUUGCAGCUUGUGAUGAUGCUGUUCAGCCAACAGGACCAUCCGUUUACUUCUCAGCUGGGAAUCCUCUGGAACAUCUGAAAUAAAUAGAUCAAUUAUAGACAUCGUAUUGGUGGCAACAUUGACUGGAUCUUUCCUUGAGUUACACAUAGGAGGAAAUUUCCAAAUAGAUGGAAAAUUGUGGCUUAACUUCUUCCUCCCCCCUUGCAUUGGCAGAGAUGCACAAGACGCAGUCUAUAGAAGAAAUGGUUAUGAUUAUGGAGUCUAUCGUUUAUGGGUGGAAUUCCAGAGAGGCAGAGGAGUUGGCAGAGUGGAUCUAGAGGAAGACCAGGACCAGCUGCCCGCAGAUCAGAUUUCAGGGUCAUUGUCUCUGGUGCGUUUUUGUUUCCGUUUCAUGUUUGGCAGCCAAUGUUUUUGCUAUAAACCUGAAUACAGUUGGAAGGUCGUUCAGUGUAGAAUGUCCAUGUAAAGCUAGGGUGUCCAUAUGAUGGCCCACAACUUCUGGCGAUUGAACCCACAAAGUCCAAUCAACUUGGUUUCAGUUUAGUAUUGCAUAUUCCAUACUAUUUAAAUUUUAUGAUCUUGGAGAUUUAGAAAAGGUGCAUUUGGCAAUAAAUGAAAAUGUCAACAUCAAUUAACCGGAAUAUUCAUUUAACCUUUAUAUUGGACAUCAAGGAACCGUGUAUGCGCCAUGACCUAAGUUUGGACCUAAAGCUUUGGACACUCCUGGUAUCAAGCAACUUCAUAUGUUUAAGGAUGAAGAUCAUUAACGAAUGCAGCUUCAUACAUGGGUUUAUGUACUGAUACUUAUUCUGCUACAGAACUAAAGUGCACAGUAUAACAAGUGCAUUAUGUCACUUUCCCUGGACAUCUUCAGAACAGAAUUUUAAAAAUUGUGCAGGCCAUUUACAUAUUUUUAUUUUAAAUCUUGCAUCUUAAUUGUGGUCAAAAAUAUAUGGUUUAAAAAUUAAUAACAAGCUUGUACUAAAUAAACUUUUUUUAUUGUUUCCCUUUUCCAUUUUUUACCCUGCCAAUUUUUACCUUUCUACUACUUUUCUACCCCGCACCUCAAGGCAUUGGCUACUUAUAAUGCUGUGGUUCCACAGGUUUCCUGCAGAGGCUGCAGUUCAAUUUUAGGCAUAGACAGCAAACAGUUUUACUCUGGAUACUAACGAACAUAGGCAAGUCUGAUUCACUCCUUAUCCAAUGUCCAUACAAGACUGCUUUACUGUGGGCAUCACUGGAUGUCAUUCAGGAUUGGGAACUCAGGCUAGAUGGGAGAAAACUCACGUCAAAGGGACAGUGGAAUAAUUUGUAGCAGCAUUUCAGUGUUUGUUUUUUAAAUAUCAUCACUCUUCAGGAAUUGCCACUGAUUGCUUAGACUAAAAACAGAAAACACUAGAAAAGUACAUUAGAUCAGUCAACAUCCUAAAGAGAUAAAGACAAGUUAAUGUCUGAGCUGAGACUGUUCUACAGAUUCUUUUUCUACUUUGUAUGCUGACUGAUCUGUGAUUUGCUGUUUUACUCCCAAUUUCCAACAUUUCUUCUAACUUUGUGAAUUGACUCCCCUGGACCAAUGCUUCAGACCUUUUGGAGAGAACAUGCAUCUGAGGUCCAUGUGUUCCUGUCACCCUGAUGGAAGAGAAUGCUGGGACGGGACAGUUUCUUUCUGGAUUCCAUCUUCAAAGAUUCUGCUUAAUUUUGCCUGUCACAUCACUAAUUGUUCCGCUGUGAUGGUAUUCAGCAGCCUGCAUCCUGCCCCCUCUGAUUUAAACCCAGUGGGUAUUUGGAUGUCUCUCACUUGUAGAAUUAGCUGUGUAUUUUGCUUCCUGUUGUUACAUGCUUGUAUAUAUUUUGAUUUUACUACAUCCUAACAUGUCAGUCCGGUUAAAGAAAUUAGAACCAAGAGAUUAAAAACCAAAUUGUGUAAGUGAGACAUGAUCUUGUAGUGCGUUUAUAGCAGAACCGACUGUACUAUAUUAUCUUAAACUUUCCUGUUCUUGCAAUUUUAAAAAUUAUUUUCAUUUAGGUUUGUGUCAUCAGUAAAAUCAACUUAUGGUCCA